AAACCCUCUUGUGCAAUAGAUGGAUCUCGUUCAAUGCAUUGAAGCCUCCUGGUUGCUUGCAAUCGCAAAAAGGAAGACAUGACUGAGUUUGACGAUUGCAGUCACGGCACAUCCAAUAUGUAUCUGCCAGGGUGCGCCUAUUACGUCUCACCCUCAGAUUUCUCGACGAAACCCUCUUUUUUGUCUCAAUCGUCGUCCUGUCAAAUGACUUUUCCUUAUUCUUCUAAUUUACCUCAUGUUCAACCUGUGCGCGAAGUAGCAUUCAGGGAAUACGGAUUAGAGCGCAGCAAAUGGCAGUAUAGGGGCAGUUAUGCUCCUUAUUACUCAGCUGAAGAGGUGAUGCACAGAGACUUUCUGCAGCCCGCGAACAGGAGGACGGAAAUGUUGUUCAAAACGGACCCUGUCUGCGGCCACCACGGACCGUCUCCCGCCGCCUCCAACUUCUACAGCUCGGUGGGGAGGAACGGCAUCCUGCCGCAAGGCUUCGACCAGUUUUACGAGACAGCCCCCGGACCCCCGUACCAGCAGCACUCCGAGAGCGAGGGAGACGGGGAGAAGGGCGACUUGAAAGCCCAGAACAGCACUUGCAGUAAAACACCUUCCAGCCAGGAGAAGAAAGUGACACCAGCAAACAGCGCCGAUUCCCCUUCUGGUGAGGCUGUUGCAGAGAAGAGCAACAGUUCAGCAAUUCCUCAGCGAUCAAGGAAAAAGAGGUGCCCCUAUACCAAAUAUCAGAUAAGAGAACUGGAACGGGAAUUUUUCUUCAACGUGUACAUAAACAAAGAGAAGAGACUGCAGCUGUCCAGAAUGCUCAACCUCACUGACCGGCAAGUUAAAAUCUGGUUCCAGAAUCGAAGGAUGAAAGAAAAGAAACUGAACAGAGAUCGACUCCAAUAUUUCACAGGGAAUCCCUUGUUUUGAGGGAAAGAAAGAAAGAAAAAAGAAAA